AUGUAUAAUGAAUUGGGCCAUUAUUUUUUAGUACUGAGUAUUUUCGUUGCAUUAACUUACAACAAAAGACCUGCGGCUAUUUCACUUUAUUUUUUUUGUUUUACUAUUUCUUUCUUUGGUAUUUUGUUUUGCUACAUUUCUUCUGAUUUUUCUAAUUACAAUGUAUUUACCAACUCAAAUGCUAAUGCGCCUUUAUUUUAUAAAAUAUCAGGAACAUGGUCUAAUCAUGAGGGUAGUUUGUUAUUAUGGUGUUGGAUCCUAAGUUUCUAUGGAUUUUUUUUGGGUCAUCGGGUUCGACCCUGCAAUGUUUCAAAACGAGGGCGCAGCAAAAAUAUAUUUUUUUUUCGCAGACCGCUUGUGGCUUUUCGCUUUGCUUGCUUCAUAAAGAAAGAGAAUAAACAAUUCAGACAUCAUUUAUUGCAGAACCUGUUUGGUACCAUAAAUCGUAAAAGCUCCCUCAAGAGCCAAUCCAAAGCGGCGCCCUCAGGUAUCGUUCAAGAGCCCUCAGAUAAAAGGUUAGAAAAUGGUGUAAAUGCGAGAGACAAUAAAAGGCCCAUAAGGCUUAAAAAAUGGAAAGAGCUUUACGCUUUAUGUAACAAUUUAGAUUCUUUAUUUUUGGCACAGAAUGCAAAUGAUAAAGUUUCCUUUAUUGAUGAACGGCGAAUUUAUAUGGGCAUUGCUUUAUUUUUUUCGAUUUUUUUAUUAGCAAGUUCCAAUCCUUUUGUUCGAAUUUCAUUUGUUUGUACUAAAUCACUUGCAGAAUUAAAUCCUGUUUUACAAGAUCCUAUAUUAGCUAUACAUCCUCCCUGCAUUUAUGCAGGAUAUGUCGCCAGUGCUAUUGGUUUUUGCUUAUGUCUAGCCAAAAUAAUGAAUGGUAUCUCUGUACUCUAUUUGCCAAUACGAAGGGAAAGCAAGGCCGAAAUGUUUAAUGCUUUCUCUCGCAUAACAAAUAAGCUGAUUACCCAGGAGAAUGCAAAAAAAACUAUAAAAAAUAUAUUUGAAAAUACCAGUUCUCUCCAUCCCAGUUUUGCUUUCAUCUUGCGUAGCAAUAGGAGCCUGCUCGGGCUUCGGCACUUGGUGUCGCUUUCUUCGCUUUGGUCGAAAGAGCGGCUGAAUCUCACGAAGAGCCAGUGGACGAAGCGUGUUGUUCGUAAAGCGAAUACUGCGGUUUUACAUUUUGGUUGGACCCGCAGCGCGAAUAAAGUGGUCUCUGGCCCACAAUACCAUGGGUGGAAACAAAUUCAAAUUUGGAUUCUGACAUGCUGGUGUUUUUUAACUGUAGGCAUAUUGCUAGGAAGUUGGUGGGCUUAUCAUGAAUUAGGUUGGGGUGGUUGGUGGUUUUGGGAUCCUGUAGAAAAUGCUUCUUUUAUGCCUUGGCUAUUAGCUACAGCUUGUAUUCAUUCAGUAAUUUUACCUAAAUUGAAUUAUUGGACUUUGUUUCUUAAUAUGCUUACUUUUCUAUGUUGUGUUUUAGGAACUUUUUUCGUACGUUCUGGAUUGCUAGCUUCCGUUCAUAGUUUUGCUACAGAUUCUACACGAGGAAUCUUUUUAUGGUUUUUUUUCGUCUUAAUUACUAGCAUAUCUUUGAUGUUUUUUUUUCAAAUGAAGCAGCAAUCAAGUACCAGGCUAGUUGGUGCAUUAUCUGAUUUACCAUCGAACCAAGGCCUGAGGGCCCAAAAACCCGUAAACCAGAUCUUAUGGUAUUCGCGGCGAAGCACUCUAUUCGUGCACUUGCGUAAAUUUACUCGUCUAUCAAAGCUAAUAGAGGACGAAGAAGGCCAUGACAAACUAAUUGUAUACAAAGCAAGUAAAAUACAUAAAUAA